AAGAAAAAGAUCAGAGUAGUAGCAGAAAAUCUUCAAAAUUUUCAAUUUGUUGUGCCCAUGAAAAGGUUCACUUACCAUCCUUAUCUAAGCUGCCACCAUAUUUACUAGACCUUUAUAUUUCAGUUGGAUCUGAUGGAAAUUCAUUUUGCAAGAACAUCAGAAGCUAUAAUAACAUCUUAGCAUGUACAUCAUUUGGAGCUAAUAUAAUUAAUGAGUUUCAGGAACUUGGUGUGUUUGAUUUCUGGAUUCAUGAUCAAGUUUAUCAUAAUGUUGAACCGUUACUGCCCAAAGAAGGAUGCUCUCCAACAUUUGUUCAAUUAUAUAUCUAUGACACUGUGCAUGAAAAUGAAAACUGA